ACUUUCGUAACAUUUUUGAUUAUUGCGUGGACACAUCUGUGUUUUAUUAUUGUUUGAAAGUGAAAUUGAACGAUUUUCCUUUGAUAAAAGAAAAGCAAAAGUGGUGAAAAUGAAAACUGAGGGGCAAACAAAUGCAUUUCCCCUUCCAGAGGUGGCUAAUAUGAUCUACGACAUCCUGACGAGGCAAAUUGAGAGUUCCUACGAAAUAACAACAAGGAGCGUGACUGUGUUUAAGAAUAUCAUUGCUGCGAGUCAGUGGAAGACUGCUGAUGAGCUAAUGAAGAUUGUCCGGGAUCAGGGAAGAUUCCUCAUUGAGGCCCUGCCCCAGGAGAAUGUCACGGCAAAUAUGUGUCGACGUGUCUUGAAGCUCAUCCGGGAGGAAUUUGACUCAGCUCAGCUGCGUAGUAAUGAUGAAUCUCAGGCAUCCCUCUCGCUGCACAAACUCGUGACGCAAACAAGUGAAAGUGCCUCAGCGAUGGACUACACAAAGCCCAAAGAGGGCCUCCGGGGAUCUCUGCUCAAUCACCUGCAGGAGAUUGAGAUGGAAAUGGAGACGACAAAGGAGAAUCUGGCGGAACAAGCAGCUGAGCAUAUUCAUUCGUCUGAAUUAAUUUUCACUCUUGGGCAUUCCCGGAGUGUUGAGAGCUUCCUCAAGAGUGCAGCCAAGAGCAGAGUUUUUGAGGUUGUUGUGGCUGAAUGUGCACCAGCUUGCCGGGGUCACGCAUUGGCAGCGAGUUUGGCAAAGGCAAAGAUUGAGACAACGGUGAUCCCGGACUCUGCAAUCUACGCCAUGAUGUCGCGCGUCAAUAAGGUCAUCAUUGGCACCCACAGCGUCCUUGCAAAUGGCGGCUUAAGGGCUGCCUGUGGCUCCUAUACUGUCGCCCUGGCGGCGAAGCAAUUCUCCGUGCCGGUGAUUGUCCUUGUGCCAAUGUACAAAUUCUCCCCUGUCCACCUCUGUAGCUAUGAGAUGGAUGCCUUCAAUAUGGUCGGCACCACAGAGGGUGUUAUCCCGUACAAAAUGCGCGACGCCCGGAAAGUUCGUUGCUACAAUCCUGUCUUUGACUACGUGCCUCCUGAAUUUGUCACACUCUUCAUCUCCAAUCUGGGAGGAAAUGCACCGUCUUACGUCUAUCGGUUGCUGAGUGAGCUCUAUCAUCCGGAAGAUUACACGCUGUGAGUUUUUUUUU